AUGGACUGGGCUGACCUUCCCGGCGAUCUCCUGACCACCGUCAGCGCGCUCCUCGCCGUCCCUGGCCGCAUAUGCCUCCGCGCCGUGUGCCGCGCAUGGAGAGCAGCAAUCAAAGAAGAGGAAGCCGCCGCAAUGCCGUCGCCGUGGGUGAUCAUCCCGCGCACCGGGGGCUUCAGCGACUCCUUCACCGUCCUCUCCGCGCCCACCAUGAAUUUCUUCCAGUGGACGCCCCCGGGCGGCGUGCGCGCCCGCUGCGUCGGCUCCAACGGCAGUUGGCUAGCCAUCGUCACCGCCGUCGACGUCGAAACAGUCGCCAUGUCGCUCGUCAACCCGCUCACGGACGCGCGCGUCGAGCUUCCGCUAAUAACCACCACCAUGUACUCCCGCUGUCUGUUCAAUCCCGAUCCGAGUCAUGUCGAGUGGGGGAUGAACUCGCUCGUCCAGAAGGUGGCCUUCUCCCCGAGCCCCACCGCGCAGGAUUACACCGCUGCCUAUGUCUCCAACGCCACCACGGAACUUCUGUGCGCCAGGGCCGGCACGGACGGCUGGCAUCUGCUUGCCGAGAUUCCUAGCGGCGACUGCAUGAACUUCAUAAAGCAGGAUCUGGACGUGGCGUACCACGACGGCAAGUUCUACUACAUGGUCACCAGCGGCCAGGUGUGGGUGGCGGACAUGACCGCGCCAUCCCCCUCUCCUGUGCCGCUCGCCGUCUUGGAGCCCCCGUUACCUACCAUGGUCUACCUGGAACGGGGCUUCCACCUGGCUUUCUCGGGCGAUGGUGCGUUGCACGUGGUGUGGAGCCUCAACGACGGCCAUGGCUGCACCAUGGCUCAAACCUGCCCGGAUAUGCUCUUGACACGCUACGACCCUGCAUCUGGCUUCUUCUCGCCCUGGACGACGCCGCUGACGAGCAUGGGCGGCUGGGCCUUUUUCAUCGGCGAUCGCAACCAGUCCAUGUCGGUGCCCGUGGACGGCAGCACUGCCACUUGGCUCAGGCCUGACUAUGUCUACUUCACCAACACCCCGCUCAGCGAGCUUUACGCCUUCGGGCGCCGAGGCUUGUGGGCGUUCGACCUGGUCACCGGCAGGAUCGGUUGGCCGCGUGGGGAGAACGAGAUCCUCGAGAAGCAGUUGGAAUCGGAACUGGACGUGCACUGGGACAAGUCCCUUUGGUUGAUGCCUUCCUUCACAUAA